AUGCCUCGUAUCCGUACUACUGUUGAACAAACUCCACGUUCAAAUACAUAUCGUCUUCAUGAAUUCGAUCCAACAUCUUAUAGUUGGGAUGAUUGGGAGAUUCUUUUUGACACUUAUGUUGAUGUCGAAUAUGUCACCGAUGAUAACAAGAAACGAAACUUGCUCAUUACAGCUCUUAGUGUACAACCAUUCAAAACACUUAUCUCUGUUUGUAAACCAAAGAUACCUGCUGAAUGUACUUAUCGAGAGAUCAUCCAGAAACUUCGUACGAAUUAUGCACGUGUUACGUUUUCGUCGACUGAAAGAAUUAAAUUCUUUGCGACACGUCAAGAAUCUUCACAAACUCUUACUGAUUUCGCAAAUUAUCUUCGAGACAAAACCAUAACAUGUAAAUUUCCAAGUGAUUUUCACGAAGAAGCUUUGAUUACAGCAUUCGUCGAUGGUUUACGAAAUGAAAACGUUCGAAAACAUUUGAUGCAACAAAAUUUAGAAAAGUUCGAGGAAACGCUCAACACCGCAAGAACAUUUGAAUCAGUGCUUAUGCAGGGAGCUAACGUUAAAGGUAGCUUAUCAGAAGACUUUUCCGUUAUGAAAAUUCAAAAACACCACAAAACAAAUUACAAAUCCCCCAUCACAAAUCAAAUUGUUCAAGUUAUGGAUCUACGGAUCAUCCACAAUCAAAAUGUCGCUUUCGUAGUGUUACCUGCCACAAGUGUAACAAAGAAGGCCACAUUGCUAAAGUUUGUAGCUCAAAAACAACUUUAG